CAGACGGAAAAAGGCCCUGGGAGUCGGGGAGUUUGGACUUCCAAACAAACUGAGAAUCAAAGGAAGGUAAAUUUUUCUCAUCUUCAAAGGAACAGAGAGAGAGAGAGAGAGAGAGAGAGAGAAGCGGAAGAUGAUGCCCAGAUGUUCAGUUCUGCCAAACGAGGCUCAGCUCUUUCAGAAAUUAAAUGGCCUCCAACAACUCGCUGAGACUCGCCUUUUUAAGGCAUGGUUUUUGGAUCAGUUUGGAGUGCUUCAUGAUGGGAAGCAACCUUAUCCUGGUGCCAUUUCCACAUUGGAGAAGCUAGCAAAAAGUGGUGCAAAGAUGGUGAUUAUAAGCAAUUCAUCAAGACGCUCGUCGAUAACCAUGGACAAAAUGAAAAGCCUUGGUUUUGAUACCUCUCUCUUUGUAGGAGCCAUUACCAGUGGAGAAUUAACACAUCAGAAGUUGCAAAGGAGAGAUGAUGCUUGGUUCACAGCACUUGGAAGAUCUUGCAUUCAUAUGACUUGGAGUGACCGGGGAGCUAUAUCUCUUGAGGGAUUAGGCCUACAAGUUGUGGAAAAUGUUGAAGAUGCUGAAUUCAUCUUGGCCCAUGGCACUGAAGCCCUGGGGCAACCUUCUGGUGCUGUGUGCCCCAUGAAACUUGAGGAGCUUGAGAAUAUACUGGAACGUUGUGCUGCUAAAAAAAUCCCUAUGGUGGUGGCCAAUCCAGAUUUCGUGACUGUUGAAGCUAGAGCACUACGAGUGAUGCCCGGGUCUCUGGCAGCUAAAUAUGAAGAGCUUUCAGGUGAAGUAAAAUGGAUGGGCAAACCUGACAAGAUAAUCUACGAAUCAGCUAUGGCCAUGACUGGUGUGGAUCCUUCUGAUUCGAUUGCUGUCGGUGAUUCUCUCCACCAUGAUAUCAGAGGUGCAAAUGCAGCUGGAAUCCAAUCAGUUUUUAUCACAGGUGGAAUCCAUGCAGCUGAAUUAGGGCUUGGUAGAUUCGGAGAUGUCGCCAGUCCUUCUUCUGUGCAGACUCUAGCUUCCAAAUACAAUGCUUAUCCUUCAUAUGUCCUACCUGCUUUUAAAUGGUAGGCUGUUGAGGAUGGUAAGCAGUCGAAACUCCGGCCUCUCACAUCAUGCCUAGAUAUAUAUAUUUGUUUGACUAGGAAAUAAGAUCCCAUGACUAUAUUGACUUGAAAAUUUAUUGUUUGGUAGGUGAUGGAGAAUGUCUUUCUUUAUUUGAUUUGGGGAAAACUCUUCCUUUAUAGUGACAUAA